AUGCUGUCAGCAUCCUCGCCAAUUACCUUUCCGAGCGACCCUCCGUCUCCUCCAACAAAGCGCGCCAAACCUCAUGAUAUCCAAUAUCCCACACAGAAGCCUCGCGUCACUGGGCCUUUCGUUGACUCCGACUCCGAAUCAGAUAUAGAGAAUAGGCCUAGAGCUAGCUCCAGGUCUCCAUCCAAGAGGCGUAAAGUAGAGGUCCAACACGAGCAGAGGCCACAGAGCCCCAUAUUUGGUGCUCGAGAUGCGAAUGGAGAUGGCAGCAACAUCGCCCUCCGCGAGGGGCGCCCAGUAGUCAACCACCCGACAGUUCAUGCGACUCUCACCGAGGAUACUCAGAAUACUGCAACACAAACAGGGCCUCACUGGUCCCAACCAAGCUCACUACUUACUGCGCCAAUCUUUGGAAGCCGGUCAAAGACUACUUAUAAGCUAAAAACAUGCAGUGGUAGUGAAGUUACGAUUAAACAGCGCAAAGAGGUUGUUGCCCAAUCUUACGAAUCUAUGGUGGCAGCCAGGUCGAAAACCAAGGAAGGGCGGGCGAAGCGAGACUACUAUGGCGUGGACAUACACAAUCUGAUCAACGCCGCCACAAGCGAAUUGGCUGAGAAGCAGCAUAACCCACCAUCCCCGGACACCAAUUCAGCUGUUCGAUCUAUGGAGGCUACAUCUAUAUCCGAUAAGAAACCCAAAAAGACUAUGCUAUGGACCGAGAAAUACCGCGCGAGAAACUUUAUGGAUUUAUGCGGAGACGACAGCACAAAUAGACUUGUCCUACGCUGGCUGAAGAAGUGGGAUCCGCUCGUCUUUCCCGGAACAGCCAAAGCAAAGCCCAAAGCCGGCUACGAAGUGAUUGAAGUCAACGCCAGCGAUGACCGCAGUCGCGACGUUGUCAAGAAUCGAAUCCGGACCAGUCUUGGGACGGAGAGCGUCAAAAAUGUCAGCAAUCAAAAGGCACUGAACGGGUCUCAGAAAGUUGCCAAGCCUGCUUGCGUCGUGGUGGACGAGGUGGACGGCGUGGUAACGGGAUCUGGCGCUUCAGGGGAGGGUGGCUUCAUCAAAGCCCUGAUUGACUUGGUACUCAUCGACCAAAAGAACUCUUCAGGGGUAACCAAGUCUUAUGAUGGCAAAAAGAAAAAGGGCGACGAUUUCCGCCUGAUGCGACCUUUGAUUCUAAUAUGCAACGACGUCUACCAUCCUUCUCUGAGGCCUCUUAGGCAAUCGAAUCUUGCCGAAAUUAUUCACGUCGGCCGUCCAACACUGGACACUGUAGUUGGUCGCUUAAAGACAGUAUUUGAAAAGGAGGGUAUUCCAUGUGACAAGGAUGCAGCACGCAAACUAUGUGAAACGGCAUGGGGAAUGGCCAGUGGCAUUGAUGCCAAGCGAGGGCAAGAAAGUACCGUGCAAGGCGACCUUCGAGGUGUCAUGGUCGUGGGUGAAUGGGUGGCCGCCCGGUUCAAGGCCUCGAGCCUGAAUGAUAACCAACGCCUCACCAGAGACUGGAUCGAGCGAAACAUCCUCCAGGAACUUGCUAAUGGCUCGGCGGGGGCUCGAGGACUCGGGCGAGGCAGCGUCAAAGAUAUCAUCUCUCGCCUCUUUCAAGAAGGAGGUGGCUUCCCUAAGCAAGCUCUCAACUUGGCCAAGUCCAAGACGCAUCACGAACAGCCAAAGACGGAGCUUGGGUUUGGAGAGCAUCAAAAGAAGUACGCCAUGGAGUGUCUUCGGCAGAUGGUGGACUCGAGCGGCGAAAUCAGUCACAUUGUGACGGAGAUAUUCGCAGAGUAUCCGAACCGCGAGUUCAACGACGAUUCCUAUCUCUCGAAGCCGAAUCAAGCUUACGACUGGCUGUACUUUCACGAUGCCUGCCAGUCGAAGCUCUUUGCCAGCCAGGAAUGGGAACUCGCGCCCUAUCUAGCGCAGCCUGUCCUAGCCUGCCACCACUUAUUCGCGUCACCAAUUCGGCAUUUUGCCAGCGGCAUGGGGUCGAACCACAACCAGCGAUCUGGCGUUCCCGGAGAAGAAGAAGUAGGCCCUACAAUCCCCUUUUCCGGCCCGCGCGCCGACUUCCAGGCCUUUGAAGCCGAGAAGCAAACCCGCGCCCAAUUGCAGUCCCUCCAAAGCCAGCUCAGCCCAACCAUGAUGCGCCUCUUCCGCAGCGCAGAGGACGUCUCAACGGAGUUCAUGCCCUACUUGGCCCGCAUGCUGUCGCCCGAUGUGAAGCCCGUUGUCGUCGGCGGCAGUCAGGGCACUACUGCGAGUGUGCGCAAGGAGAGUGAGCGAGCAAUGGUCAAGCGCGCGUCGGAAGUGCUCGCCGAGGUGGGUAUUGCCUUACAUAAAGGCAAGAUUGAGAGCGAUGUGAUGUCUAGUCGCGGUCCGCAGUUUGUCUACCGCAUGGACCCUGACAUUGAUUCCCUGGCCACCUAUGAAACAGCCUCAGCUCUUCUCUCAUCCCAAGCCCCAACCCGCUUCGCCGUCCGCCAGGUCCUCGACCAGGAACUUCGUCGCACGCUCGCCCUCCGCGAGACACAUGCUCGCCAAGCGCGCUUCCAAGCCGGAUACGCCAUCGGCGAAGGCGAGCCGCAGCAACAGCUCCUUCAGCCGACGCAGAGCCAGAAGCAUGACUUGGCGGUGGUGGAAGACGGGCUGGUGGUGAAGAAGGACUUCUUUGGGCGCAUUAUCCAGGCGCAGCCGCUGGCGGAGGUGACGGGCGGGUUGGCGGAGAAGAAGGCGGCGAGCCAGGAGAAGGUGUGGGUGACGUUUCAUGAAGGGUUGAAUAAUGCGGUGAGGAAACCGAUGACGCUGCGGGAGUUUUUGAGCGGACUGUGAUGAGGAGGGGGGUUACUGUAGAUGGAUGAAGUUUUAUUAUGAUAUUGGACGUUUUUUUCACAUAAUGAGGCACGUAUAAACUAAUCUGGAGAAGUAUCUGGUUAAAUAGAUUAGACUUGUGUUUAUG